CUCCAAACCAGCAGAAGUGAAGUUCUGAUAAACUACACAGCUGAAGCUGCACGAUGUGGUUCCUGGGUUUGGUUCUGUUCUUGGUUCUGCUGGGUUCAUCUGGUCCAUUAGGUCUGAAGAUCAUUGCUGAACCUGGAGAUGACGUCACUCUGAGAUGUGAAGAUACAAACAUUAACCAGGAUCCAGUUUUUGAGUGGACCAGAACUGACCUGCAGGAGGAUGAAUACGUGUUUUUAUACAGGGAUAAACGUCCUGAUGUUGAAGAUCAGCAUGAGUCUUUCAAGAACCGAGUGUUUCUGAAGGACCCUCAGAUGAAGGAUCGAGAUCUGUCUGUGGUUCUGAAGAACGUGACCAUUGAAGACUCUGGAACAUAUGAAUGCAGAGUCCUCCAAACGGGAAGCAGACGCAAGAGAUCAGAUGAUCAACCUCCACCCAUCUUCAGGGUUCAAACUUCCUGUUCUGGUCUAAGAAGUUCUCCUCCAGCAGAACUGCAGGAAGUCUCUGUUGAUCUGUCCUGGACCGCAUGAACUCUGCGGUCGUAGACUCUCUCAUGUUUAGAGCAGCAGAACUGGAGGAAACAGCGCCCUCUGCUGGGUUUGUCGUAGAGUGUUUUUAUGAACAGCAUAAUAACUGCUGAACCAGAACAGGAAGUUGGAGUUUUCCAUAACAUUUGGUUGAAUUUAAAUAUGCUUCUCUUCCCUAAUAUGAUCUGAGCUGCAUUGUACUUGAUUUAAUGAUUUCAUGUUUUGUAUUGUGUUUAUUUUUAUCAAUAUGUGUUGUAAUUGACAUUUUUACUGUAUAUUCUUAGCUUUUAUGUAUAUAAUCAUAACAUCAGUUCAUGACAACAGAUGAAAAACAGCUGCUGUGUUCAUUUAAUGUGAAUUGUUACAGAAAAAUACAUAAUAUUGAAAUUAAAGUGAACUUUUAAAAGCAA